AUGCAAAAAGGAGGUGAAGGAGGACAUGUUAUGGAAAAAGGAGGAAAAGGAGGAGGUAAAUGUACAAAAUGUAAAUGUUCAUGGAAAACACAUCAACAUAUAACAUAUGAAUAUGAAACAAAUGUUCGUCGUCUUACCGAGGCAUCUUCAUUAAGUGAUAUUGAUAAACGAAUAAGUGAUUUAAAAGAUGAAAAAUCAAAAAUAGAAGAUGUUUAUAAAAAACUUUCAAAAUUUCUUCAUGCAAAUGCAAUUCUUCCAUUAAAUGAUGAUAUAUUAGAAUAUCUUAAACUUUUUAUAAAAGAAGAACAAAUGAAAAAAAAUGCUGGUAACCAAAAUAAUGAUGUCAUUCAAGGUCUUGAACAAAUGAUGAAAGAUUAUGAAGAAGAAAUAAAUUUAUUUAAAAAAACAAUAGAAAAUGAAAAAGAUCGUUCAAACGCAAAAGAUGUACUUAAAUCUGAUGAUAUAUUUCCGUUAGUUGGAACUCUCUAUCGAUUACCAAUUAAUGGAAAAAAAAUUCGCGAACAAGUCGAUGGUUUAAAAAUAAGUCAAAAUAAUAUUUCAUCGAAACGAGAAAUUUUUGUUGAAUUACCAGUUAAGGCUAAUUCGUCAACAAUAAUGUGUCAAUUCAAAAAUAUUAUUUCAAAUAAAUAA